GCAAAGUUCUGUGGCUGUCUCCCUGCUUUCGAUCCCGGUGCUCCUCCUCUCUGCACUGCGCUGGUCCUUCCCACGACGGCCCAACCCUAACCCUAAUUGCCCGUCCCGACCCAAAUCCAUUCGGCUCCGCCGGCCCCGUAACGCGGCGGCGUCGUCCGAUCGCCGGACGGCCUCCUGCUUUCGCUCGUAUCGAAGCCCAACGGCUCGAUUUCCUCAUCCUCGUGUGUCUAUUCUUUUGGGAUCUCUGAGAUCUGCAGAGCUCUACUUCGUCUUGAUAAGAUAUGAGCUUACCAGAAGGCAAUGAAAUUGAACCUAUCAACACGGAACCAACAACAACUUCAAGACGUAGGAGAAAAAAGUCAUCAGUUUGGGAGCACUUUACUAUUGAAGAAGUGUCUGGAGGAUGCACACGAGCUUGUUGCAAACUGUGCAAACAAACUUUUGCUUACAGUAGUGGUUCAAAGAUAGCUGGCACUAGCCACCUCAAGAGACAUAUUGCCUUAGGUUCCUGUCCUAAAAUAAAAUAUCAGAACAAACUGGCUCUUGCAUCAGCUACAAAAUCUGAUGGAGAGACUGCUGAUCCACCCAAAAGACGUUAUAGGUCAUCUUUCUUUUCAGGUGUUUUUGACCAAGACCAAAGCUAUGUAAAUCUCGCAAAAAUGAUUAUUGUGCAUGAAUAUCCACUUGACAUGGUUGAACACCCUGCCUUCAUUGCAUUUGUUCAAACUCUUCAACCACGUUUCAAAAUGAUUGAUAUCAGCACCAUUGAGGGUGAAAUAUUAGCGAUGUAUCAGAAGGAAAAGCAAAACCUCAUGCAAGUAGUUGGAAAUAUGCCUGGAAGGGUAAGCCUAACAAUAGGUUUGUGGACAACUAGUCAAACCCUUGGUUACAUAUGCAUUAGCGGACAGUUUAUUGAUAAUGACUGGAAGUUGCAUCGAAGAAUGCUAAACUUCAUGAUGGUAUCAUCACCUCAUUCAGAAAAUGCUCUCAGUGAAGCCAUUGGUGUUAGUCUUUCAGAUUGGAUUAUCAAGAAUAAAUUGUUCACCAUAACCUUAGACAACGAUUGUUCAUCACAUGAUAUUUACAGUGCAAAUCUCAGGGAUCAUCUCUCCAAUAAGAACAUGCUCAUGCUGAAGGGACAAUUGUUUGUGGUGCGUUGCUAUGCCAAUAUCCUGAAUGUCAUUGCAGAGGACGUGAUUGCUUCUAUUCAUGGCAUUAUCUACAACAUCCGGGAAAGUAUAAAAUUUGUGAAAGCUUCUCGAGCGCGUGAUGAAAAAUUUGCUGAGAUUGCCUUACAACUUGAAAUUCUCAGUGCAAAAGACCUAGCUCUUGAUGUCACAACACAAUGGAACACAACUUACCUCAUGUUACUAGCAGCAUUAGAAUAUAAACAAGUGUUUGCUUUCUUGGAAACAUGUGAUGACAAUUACAAUGAGGCGCCAUCUGAUGAUGACUGGAAGAAGGUGGAGGUUGUUUGCACAUUCCUUAAACUUCUUUAUGACUCGGCAAAUGUUGUGAUGGGAACGGUUGAUCCAACUGCAAAUAUAUUUUUUCACGAAGCAUGGAAAAUUCAAUUGGAGCUGACCAAUGCAACUCAAAGUGAGGUUAGUGUGGUUAGCAGCAUGGCAAAAGUAAUACAUGACAAGUUCGACAAGUACUGGAAAGAUUGUAGCCUUGUUCUGGCUCUUGCUGUUGUUAUGGACCCUCGUUUUAAGAUAAAACUCAUCGAGUUCAGUUUCUCAAAGAUAUACGGUGCUGAAUCUGCCAGAUAUGUUAAACUGGUAAAUGACAGUAUUCAUGAUCUCUAUCAUGAGUAUGCUACCAUGCCACUUCCUUUAACUCCAACUUAUGCAGAUCAAGGAGAAGCCAACCACGUAAAUGGCAACGAUAACAAUGUCACCGCCACAACACUGCCUGCUCCAGACAGUCUCCAAGAUUUCGAUAUGUAUCUGUCUGAGUUAGCUGUAAACCAGCCAUCUAAGCCGGAGUUAGAUCAGUAUUUAGAAGAGUCACUCGUACCACGAAUCCAGGAGUUUGAUAUCUUGAACUGGUGGAAGCUCAACUAUCUCAAAUACCCUACACUCUCAAAGAUGGCCAGGGACAUCUUAGCUAUUCCCGUAUCUAUGGUUGGCACUGGCUGCUCUAUAUUCAGCGUUAGAACCGGAAGCCGUGCACUCGACGAAUAUAGAAGUUCUUUGCGCCCGGAGACAGUUGAGGCACUUUUUUGCACAAAAGACUGGCUCCAGUACUUGCCCACCUUGUCGGAGCACCCUUCCACUGAAAUUGUUAAAAUGGAAAUGUAAGAUCCAUAUGGAUGCAAUCUGUCUGUAUCAUUAUGUACGCAUGGAAUUUGUAUUCUAUGGCUUGUCAGCAUUAGUUAGCAUUUUAAUUUCAGGACGAAGUAUAUUUAUAUAUAUAUAUUAGUUUUCCAAUGCAGGUUUUAGUGAUAGUGAGAACUUAAAUUAUUUGUACUGGUAUUUUUACUUUUUCUGUACGGCUUGAUUGUAUGAUAAAUCCUCAGUGAAUUCGAUGUUUCAUGUUAUCGUCCACUACGAUUACAAUUUCUUCCA